AUGCCUUGGGUUUGGCAGGACGACAAUCACAGUCACGCAUACAUCGAGGACACCUGGGAUGACCCCCACCGCGAAGACCCCCAAGAUUAUUACCAAGAGGGAAACGACUAUGACGACUACUAUGGGCCCAGACACUUACCUGCCUCAGAAAGCUUUGGCGAUACGGACCGACAUGGUUUUAGUGUAGACUCCUGGGAGGAGGCGAUGAGGUGGGAGCGAGAUAACCAGCAGGUGGAUCACUAUGGAGAUCAGUAUGUGGUACCCUUCCAGACUCCUUCCGCCACCACUGGUACCCGAACGAAGCAGCUUGCAAGAAGGGGCGGGGGAGCAGCCCGAGGCGGACGAGGCGGGCAGGGUGGGGCACAAGCUUCUUCUCGUGUGAGCGCCGCAUCUCCUGUAUCUGCGCCCAAGGAGAGAACGAAACGGACUGCUCGAUGUUCUCGCGGUGCGCCAGCCAAAGCCAAACCUGCCCCUCGCGCACCCAAAGCCAAGGCCGCCGUGAAACCAAAUGCUGCGGCUACCACCAUGGAGUUUUGGAGGACUAUGGUGCCUAUGCCACCGGGUGCUUCCAUCGUGCCUAUCGACUCUGCGCCGGCCAAGAAACAGACAGCCAGGAGGGGUGGUGCAGCUGCCAAAUCUAUUAAGGGUGCUGGACCUGCUGAGGCUCCUUCGAGCUCUUCCAAAGUCACGCUCGAGUACUGGAGAAUGACUGUUGACAAUCCAGGGUCUUCCAGCGCUCAAAUCACCCCAGGUCCUGCUGAACAGCCCAAGAAGCGCACCAAACAAACUGCUCGACGGGGAGGAGCAACUCCUGCUCAGUCUCGUGCCGCUCCAGCAGCGCCAGUGGUGAAUGUUGACAACGCUGGCGCGCGGGGACCCCGGACCAAGCAGUUGGCUCGGAGGGGCCGACCUUUUGUGUACAAGCCUUACUAG